AUGGCGACAACAGGCAACGAGUACCAGGACAUCAGUGGCGACGAGGCUGAAAUGGAUGAACAGCCACAAGACGACGCCUUGGCAGUGGAGAAGAAUGUGAACCCGUUUUCCGCAGACAACGAUGAUGAUGACCACGACGACGACGACGACGACGACGACGACGACGACGAUGACGAGCAUACGCCUGAGCCGUACCUGCCCAUUGCCCCCGGUGGUGACGAGCAUGCGGAAACGGAUGGCGACACUCCCGCCAUCCCGCCAAAGUCUGCGCGCGCCAGCAUGUUGGUCAUGGAGGACGGGUUCAUCAGCACCGACUCCGAUGCCCCGUCGCUGCCGGCCAAGGAGCGCCCGCCCGCACCUCUUCCGUCUCUUGAUCUUGCGCCAUCCACCCAGCAGCAACAGCAACAACAACAUGGCGGCUCUGCGCCCAUUUCACCCGCUACACCAUCGACGUGGACGGUGGCGCCAUUUGAUCCAGAGUCGUUCCUCCAUAUUGGCAAUCCGGACCCGAAGACCAGCACUCUUCCAGAGGCUGUGCGCAACAAGCUCUUUAACCGGUAUCCGAACAUCCUCCCCAACGCCGACACGCGUGUUGGCCUGCGCGUGAUCGACAACAACCCUGUUGGCACGUACUACAACGCCAACUACAUCCGCGGCCCAAACAGCAAGCGCUUCGAAUACAUCGCAGCCAUGUCCCCAAUGCCGUCGACUGUGCACUCCUUCUGGCGCCUCGUGUGGGAUGCGCACGUCGCUUCCAUCGUCAUGGCAACAGACCUCUAUCACGGGGAUGAUGUGCACUGCGUGCGGUAUUGGCCAACGCCCGGCGCAGCGCUGCUGUUCGACAACAUCACCGUCCACUGCCUGUCGGAGGAGGUCAUGAACAGACACCACUACACCAUCUCCCGCCUCCAAAUCCACAGGGUACUUCACACGUACUUCAAGAAGCAGACGUACUACAACGAGCCCGCACUCGGGUACAUCAACAUCUGCGCACAGACACAGAUUGUCAAACACGGACGCGGGACGUUUGUUGUUGACACACCCAAGCGCCAGCACACCUUCCAAUGCGACAACCAGCAGGAGGCGGACCGGUGGUGCGAGCUGCUCAAUCGCGCUGUAAAGAGCGCACGCGCCCUCGCACUCGGCAGCAAGGCGUCAUCAUCCUCAACAGCAUCAUCGUCAACAACAGCAACGUCGUCGGCCGCAACGAUGGGCCGUGGUGGUGCUGGAGGUGUUGGUGGUGCUGGUCGCAAGGCCAUGUCCAAGUCGAUGCGCGUGCAGCGUACAAAGUCUCUGCGCAGCAACCCGCUCGGCGCCAGUGUUCGCGUCACUGCUGCUGGGCCCGUGCACACCUCCAAGGCCAGCGAUGGCCAUGGUGGGAACAGGAGGAAGGGUGCUGCGACUGUUGGCCGGGCUGGUGGUCGCGAGCACACGACACGCGCCCCUCUCAACAUCAACACAGACACACACGCACACACACACGCACACGCACCGACAUCGUCGUCAUCAUCGUCAUCGACACGUGAUGCACCACGCCCAUCCCAACACCAAACCCACAACCACCAGCAGCAGCAACAGUCUGUGCGCUACUCUGCACCUCCCUUCAACAGCGCUAGCGGCGUGAUGAUGAACGUGCCCGCGUUCGCCCAACUGGACAGCGAGACUGCUGACACGCACACGCACACGGGAAUGCAAACCGGUGUGGGUGCACCUGCCCCGGACCACGGCAGCGACGGCGAUUGGGAGGAUGAGGAAGAGGCGCUGGCUCGCGGGUUCGAGGGCCUCACACCAACUGCACCAGCUGAUGUGACGACAACAGCAACAACGACGACGACAACAACCAAGGCACCACCAUCGUCAUCAUCGUCAUCAUCGUUGUCGUCAUCUGGACAGCGCCGUUCGAAGAAGGCGAGUGCGCGUCAUCGCAUGUCGCUGAUGAAGAAGAAGGACGUGGUGAUGUCAGUGCCGCCAGCAAACGCAAUCUCAGAGACGUGACCCAGUGGUGCUGGUGGUGCUGGUGGUGGUGCUGGUGGUGGUGGUGAAGAGAUGGUUUGUUGUUGCUGUGGUAGUUUGAUAGAUGAUGAAUGGUUGCAUUCGCUGGUUACCAUCCUUUCCCGUUGGUGCUCUUGUUGUUGUCGUUGCUGUUGUUGUUGUUGUGGAAGUUGUUGUGGAAGUUGUUGUGGAAGUUGUUGUUGUUGUCAUGGUUUUCAGGCUGUGCCUUCUGCCAGUUGUAGCUGUUGCUGCUGUUGUUGCUGUUUGAUGCGACGUGACACUCGCUGCGUCACACCACCAGUGUCGUUGCUUUUCCCUUUUCACCGUGUUACUGACUGGCUGGUUGAGAGCACGUACACGCGCA